CCUUGUUGUCGUUUGUGUCAAAUCUUGUCAACAUGGGUUUAGGAAACAUCAUGGUUUUGGGACAAGUCAUAGCAUUUCUUAUGUCAUUUAUAUUUUCUUUUUUCAUUUUUGUUCCAAUAUCUGUAAAUCUGAAUGAAUUUAAUGGUAAUUGUUUGUUAUAUGCUUCUGGAACAUGGAACACCUCAAAAGGGUCAAGCUAUUUAACAGGGAUCAGCUGGGGACCAUCCAGUGCUUGUAAUUUUUCCGUGUUUGUGGGUGUGGUGGUCAUGCUGCUUUCGUGUUUUUAUAUUGUAUGGCAUUCCAUGUAUUUGUGUAGAGGAAUUGACAGUUCCUGGUUGGCUGCAUUUCUUACCUGUAUCUUGUGUAUUGUCAUAUCAAUAAUAUUGUUUGCUUCGGCACUGACAGUCAGUGUAGGAUUUAAAGAGUGGUGCCAUCUCCUUACUCUUCCAGAAGCGCAGAUUGAAAGUUGUGAAGAUGGGCAAUAUCUCAUAUUUUUGCCUCCAACACUGAAGAUUGAUACAUCUCAAUAUUACACAGAAAUGGAGAUGGCACAAUUUGGCUUGUGGACAACAUGGAUUUGCUGGGUCAUCGUGUCCAUGAUGUCAGUGAUCAGGAUGUAUUCCUUCAACCGCGAGGAGGCUUUCCUCACCAGCAUGGACCGUGAGCGGCAGAGACUGCUCCAGCGCUGGCAGCCAUCCAGUCAGUAUGAACAAAUCUGAGAUGUCUCCAUGGUUACAAGCCUCAGUCUGGCUGUCCACAGCUGAACAUAUCAAUGUUUGUGAUUAGUGCUAAAAUACCUUGAAUUUGGGCUGUCUGAUCACACGAAGAACCAGCACAUUUCUGCAGCUGAACUUUCUGUCAAUGAUACAUGUAUCUUGUAUAACAACCACUGUGUAUAAAAUACAUUCUGUAUAUCAGUCACUGUGUAUAAAAGACACCCUGGAUUAUAACUGUGUUUGAAGGACAAAACACACUAUAAAAAGAACACAUCCAAAAUAUGCCUUCAAUCAUACAUAUACAGCUGUAUCCUUUAACCUUUCUGUAAAGACAACUUACAAAUAUAGGCUUUAUCUUUGGAAUGUUAAAAAUUAGUGUCUUGUGUGACCACCCUGAGGAUUCACAAGUAGUAAUAUUCUUGUGGGAUUGAUAAAGGAUUGCAAUACAAUUGUGUACAUGAAAACCCCCACUGAAGAUGGCUUGCUACACUGGUUUUUACGCUACAUGUUAAACCAAAUGCAGCAACCGGUCAAAGUAGUUUGCUCAGCUUAGUGAAAAAAUGGCUGACUGAUCUUAGGCUUGUUUUCAGUGUUGUGAAAAUCUUGGUAUGGUUAAAUUUGUGGAUGCCUUUUAAUACCUACAUCAUGUGCAGCUUGCAGGGCAACCAACCUAAUGAAAAACAAAUUCCAGAAUUUUCUGAUACUUUCAUUUUUAAGUGUACAAACUAAUUUUUGUAAAAAAAUAAUUUAAAAGUGUUUCAAAGUGCCAUUUUCUAAAACAAUAUGAAAAGUGUACAAAAAUUAAAUUUGUGACCAAUAUUUACAAAAUAACAGCAACCAAUAAAAUGAGAGAUAAAAAAUAUUUAAUUUGGAGAAUAUUAAAAUAUUUCAUUCGGAGAAUGUUGAAAUUAAUUUUAAAAAAUGGUUGAUUGUGAAUUUGAAUUUUUUUUAUUUUGCAUCAAUUCUGGAAUUCUAGAUAUGAGACAAAAAUCCCAGAUCCCAGAUUUUUUUUUUAUUAUUAUUUAUUUUUAGAAAAUUCCAUAAAGUUGGUUGCCCAGAGUUUGGUGGACCUAAUUUAUUAUUUUUAACUCAAAACAUUGUUGAAUUUAAUGACAGACAUAAUUUUAUGAAUGGUUUGCAUAAUAAGUAAGUGAUCCUGUUUCAUUUCAUUUCUAAUCUCAGUAGUAAACUAAGGUAAAUUGAAUUCUUCUAUCAUUGUAUACAUACAUACAUACAUACAUACAAUAUAUAGAUAUUCAUACAUCAAUAUAUACAUACAUACAUCUAUAUAUAUAUAUAUACAUACAUGUAUGUGUGUGUGUGUGUGUUUGUGUGUGUGUCUUCAAUACUAAUAUUACCAAUAAAGGCUACAUUUUUGUUACUAAAUGAAUGCAAAUAUACAGUAAUUAAUAUUUGUAUCAGUUCAGUUGAUAUGAACAUGUAAUUUUGCUGUUAUAAUUUCAUUAGGUCUGAUGUCUGAUCAAAUAGAUUUACUCAAAAUUUCACAAUCUGUCUACUAGUAUGGUAUAUAAAUUUGUGAAUUAUUAUAAAUAAAGGAAAAGAUAUUGUCUGUGACUAUGCACCUUUAAGUUUACUAAGACUAUUUGUAAAGCUAUGAUAUUUCAACAAUGGAUGGGAUGUAAUUCAGUGGUUGGGUUAAUCUGAGGUGAGAUGGGACUAAGUGGACUCACUGUAUUUUCAAAUUCCAACCAAUGUUCCAUGACUGAUAUGUCAAAUGCUAUGGUCUGUAUUAUCCAAUAUAUAGGAAAAGACUUAGAAAAGACCUCUUGUUCAGGUUUGGUAAAAGUAGCCCAUAUUUUAUUAGUGUGUUUCUCCUUUACACUCUAUACUGAAUGUCAGACACCAGGGCCCUGUUCCACAAAGUGAUCUUAGAAGCUAAGGUGAUCUUAGUGUUAUGAUAGCUUUGUGGAAUGGGGCCCUGACAGCUUAAUUUUUAAACAAACAUUUGUUUUCUUUCCUUUCUUAGGCCCGCUUUCGAUUAACACAGUUCAGCACAUGUUUUAUAGGGCAUGUUUACAUAUCUGCAUUUUUUCAAGUGGAAUACAUUUGUACUAUAGAAAAUUUGCCAAAAGUAAAUGCUUCACGAUACAACAUCACUGCGCUGAAAAACUUGUGCAUGGAAAAAUGGCUCAUUGAUCGACUUUUUUCCAGCGCACUGAAUACCUGUGCGCGGAAUCCUGUAUAUGGAAUAGGUACUAUGUAACUGCAUUGUAUUGAUAAACUUGCGCACAGAAACUUUUUAAUAAGUUGAGCCAUGACCUUAGUACAGCUGAAUACAGGAAAUUUCUGCCAUGAUCGGGUCAUAAAUUGUUCUCUUUUAUUAUUGUGCGAAUCUCAGUUUUAGUGUCACCAUUGGAGUGAUUUCAUAAUUAUUUUGUUAAUUGUGUAAUGAAAAUAAUAUAUUUUCACUGGAUUUCUCUACAAUGGCUAUGUUUUUAAUUAUACAUUCUGUGUAUUUAUUGUGUAUUAUUAUAAUAAUUUAUGCUAAUCAGAAGUUUGUUAAACUAAUAAAGGCACAUAUUCCAUCUUUUACCAAGUUAAGUACAUGUAUUUUUUUCUCACAAUUUUAUGGCACUUAUAAAACAUAUUGACUUGUAUUUUCUACAAUUGAUAUUCUAGUGAAAAUGAUUCCAGUUUUGUUCCUAGUUGUUUUGAGAAUACCAAUAGUUAUAACAACCACACAUACAUGUACUUACUUAUUAUGUCACGUACUCUUGCCUAUAAUACUAUACGUAUAUCAUAUGCAUGUGUGUACAUAACACAGUUUCACAAUUAUCAUGUCCUUUAUUAACUUAUAUGGUGUAGGAUAUUCAAAAUUAUAAAUAUUUUAUUCAGUUUUAACACAAAUGUAUAUUCCCUCAUCUUGUGGGUAUGGGUUGGUGCUUUUGUUUACAAACAUUCUUGUACAAACCCCUAACAAAAUGUCCUCAAACCUAGUGUUUGGAAUCGGUUAAAAUUGGUUGGCACGAGUGGAUCAACUUUCAAUUAGACAAUUGGUUAGAAGUAUAUGAAUAUGAGAAGGAUUUGAAUAAUAAGGACCAUGCACCCAUUGUGAGGUUCAUCGGGAUCUAAACCAUACAAAUGGCUAAUAUUACCUUUAAACAGUGGCAUAGUGUGGCUUGCCAGCACCCGGGGCAAGGCAAGUAUUGCGUCCCCUAACCAGUGGACCAUUAGCACUCCCCAAGUUUUUUCCACCAGUCCAGAAUUUCGCGUCUUGGGCAACCACCCUGGUGGCCCCGCUCAUGCUACGUCACUGCCUUUAAUAAAUACAUAUAUAUAUAUAUAUAUAUAUAUAUAUAUAUAUAUAUAUAUAUAUAUAUAUAUUUUUUUAUUCUGGUUUUUUUUCUCUUUAUGAACACAUGGAAAUAAACACACCUAAACUGGAGUUAUAAUAAUUAAAAUUUUCUCACACAAUCGAAUACUAGUAUGUUUUUUUAUAAUCAAUCAUCACAUCAGUAGCACCAAACCGAUAGUUUUCGAGCAUAAUCGAUCAUCAGGACAUGAUUACUCAAAUUUGCCUAAUGUUUAAGAGAAUAUGAUUAGUAAUGCAUUUGUUCUGGCAAAGUAAAGCACAGUCAGUAUGAGGAUUUGGCAGACGCUACUAGAAUCUCGUCCAGUUUAGUGCCUCUCAAUACGAGGAUUUGUUAAAAUGAUAUAACAUGAUUUGUUUUUGUUUUAUUGUCUCACAUUGACUGGGGUCAAAAGGCAAAAUCUAAUUCUAUGUAUUACUGUUCCGAUGACAACAUUGUCAAAUUUUGCAUUUAGCUUGGUUAUAUUUUCAUGUUUAGCUUCAGUUUUCACAAACUGUAAGUCCUAGAUGAAUGACACUUGUUUUAUAUGUUCAUCUCAAUACAUGUUUAAAAAAAGAAUUAAAUAAAAUAAUUAUUAUUAAUUCAUAAAAGAACUACAUUAAUAAUGAAUUUUACAUCAUAGUUUUAUAUCUUUAAAAAAAUAAUUUAAAUGUUUUAAUUAAUUAAAUUGUUUAACAUGCAGUGAGAUGAACAUCUAUGAGAGACACUGAAUCAGUUUAAAUGGCUGGUCAUAUAUUUUCUCAUUGAGAAAUAAUUUUUUUUAUUUCCCUGCUUAUAAGUGCAUGUUGGGGUAAUAAAAAUGUACAUAUUUUAAUAUUUCAGUUAGAUUUAUAUAUUUGAAACAAAUUUGCUAUUCUAUUUAUGUUAAAUAAAAUAUAUUUAUUCCAA